AUCGAGUCGCAGCUGGUUUCUUUCCAAGAAAAGAAAACAAGAGAUAAAAGGGAACCAUUUUUAUUUUAGUUUCUUUUUUGUCCUUCUCCCUCCUUUCAAUUCACGUUGCCUCUUCAAAUUUCGCCCCAAACAUAUCGAAACAGUGUAACUGGUAAGAACACACACUAUACUCGACUCAUAUAAGAACCUUUUCCUUUCCGUGCCCUUAUUCUGAAGGAAGAUCGAAUCAUCUUGAUUUUCGGAGGAGGUUCCUACCUAAUUCUCUUUCUUUAUCUGUCUCUGUAUCUCUCUCAUAUUCAAUGCGAACCUAGAGAUCUAGAAGUCAUUUCCCGCAACUACAUCCCUGCUUACCUUUGUUUCCACAAUUAAGAUUUUGUGAAAAGGCAGGUCAAUUGUUCGUAUAUAGUGUACAACAUUGAUGUUAGUUCUUGAAAUCAGGGUGGUGAUUAGAACGUGGCAGUCUGUCUUUUUCGUGACAAGAUGGAGGGAAAAACUGAGGAUGAAGUGGUGGAUAUUGAGAGUGCUUCCAGUGGUUCUUUCAAUGACGAUUCAGAUGAUGAUGAAUCUUUGGUUCCCGAAAUAGAUGAUGGAGUGCAUCUUGAGGAGCCGUUAACAGAAGAGGAAAUUCAAGAUCUUAUUUCUGAGUUGUUAGAAGUUGAGAGUAAGGCUGCAGAGGCGCAAGAAGCUCUUGAAGAGGAGUCUCUUUCUAUAGUGGAGAGUGAAGUUAGACAAGAACUCAAGCAAAGUCUUCAGGGGGAUGAUUUGGAAACUGCUGUUGAUAAUGAGAUGGCUACUUUUAAAGAAGAAUGGGAAGCUGUUCUGGAUGACCUUGAAACCGAAAGUGCCCACUUACUGGAACAACUUGAUGGGGCUGGCAUUGAACUUCCUAGCCUUUUUAAGUUGAUUGAAAAAGAAGCUCCUAAUGUCUGCUCCACUGAAGCGUGGAAAAAGAGGAAUCACUGGGUUGGCUCUGUUGCAACUUCAGAAAUUGCUGAGUCAAUUGCUGAUGCCGAGAAGCAUCUACAAGUAAACAGACCUGUUAGAAGGCGACAUGGUAAAUUACUGGAAGAGGGUGCUAGUGGCUUUCUCCAAAAAAAACUUUGUGAUGAAACCCAGGAGCCAGUGAAAAAUGAAACUGAGGGUGAUUGGGAUAUGUUCAAUAAAAUAGUUUCCGAUGGGAGCGGCAUCGAUGCUUCAUUUGGCAGUAAGCACUGGGCUUCUGUUUAUUUGGCCAGCACUCCACAGCAAGCAGCCUUGAUGGGACUGAAAUUUCCUGGAGUUGAUGAGGUUGAGGAGAUUGAUGAUGUUGAUGGCAAUUCUAUGGAUCCAUUUAUUGCAGCUGCCAUUGCAAAUGAAAGAGAAUUAGAUCUUUCUGAUGAGCAAAGGAGACAAUUUAAAAAGGUCAAAGAAGAAGAUGAUGCAAUUGUUGAUAAGAAACUUCAAAUCCGUUUGAAACAUAGGAGGCAUAAAAAGAUAAGUAAACAGCGAGAAAUGAGUACACCUAUCCUGUUGACAGACAGCCCUACACAAAAGCCUUCAUAUGCUGAUCAUUUAGACCCUGAUACAAAAGAAGGAACUAAUGAUAAUGGGAAAGUAGUCUCUGACAAUGGCAAUGAUACAUGUGUUCUUAUCAAGACUGAUAAUAUUAAAGGUUUGGAUGCCAGUCAUCAUCUUGACAAAGAAAAGCUAACAAGUAGUGAUGGCUUGUCAGAUCCACCCAAAUCCUCAGGGGAUGGUGUUAUUGAACAGAGAGGAAUCAAACGUGUAAGCGGGGGUGAGCUUGAUGCUGAAAAUAAAAAAUCUCGGCUUGUUGUUAUUGAUAGUGAUGAUGAAGCAGGAGUCACUAAGGAGAAAUUAGAUUGCAAUACUCAAGAAGUAAAAGAUGAAUUAGGUAACAAUGGUACUGGUUCUCUUCCUUCAGAGUGUCUGGAUGAAAAAUUUUUGUGCACCGUUUGUGAUAAAGUCGCUCUUGAAGUGCAUCCACACCCUCUCUUGAAAGUAAUUACUUGUGGAGAUUGCAACCGCUUAUUAAAAGAAAAGGCACAUGAAAAGGAUCUGGGACAAGAUUGUUCGGAGGGUUACUGUACAUGGUGUGGAGGAAACAGUGGAUUAGUUAGUUGUAAAUUAUGCAAUAUUUUAUUCUGCACCAAGUGUUUAAAGAAGAAUAUUGGUGUAGAAUUGGUUUCUGAAACUCAGGCCACUAGCUGGCAUUGUUGUUGUUGUCAUCCAAAUCUUUUGCAAAGACUGUCCUUGCAACUAGAGAAAGCUGUGGGGUCUGCUCGUAUAGUAGUUUCUAGUUCUAGUAGUGAUUCAGAUGAUUCAGACGAUUCAGAUGAUUCAAAUUAUUCAGAUGCACAGAUUAAUGUUACAAUGAGCUCCAAGCGAAGACCCAAAAAGAAGAUUCGUAGGAUACUUGAUGAUACUGAAUUAGGAGAAGAGACAAAAAGGAAAAUAGCAAUUGAAAAGGAACGUCAGGAACGCCUGAAGUCUUUGAGAGGACAGUUUUCUGUUUCGUCAAUUGAGAUGAGCCCUGACGGAUGUAAUGGGAAUUUAUCAGAAGGUGCAAAUGUUGAAGUUCUUGGUGAUGCUCUAGCAGGUUACAUAGUGAAUGUUGUGAGGGAAAAAGGUGAAGAAGCUGUUAGAAUUCCUCCUAGCAUUUCAGCUAAACUGAAGGCGCAUCAGAUAUCUGGAAUAAGAUUCAUGUGGGAAAAUAUCAUACAGUCAAUCAGAAAAGUGAAGUCUGGGGAUAAAGGUCUUGGAUGUAUUUUAGCUCAUACCAUGGGCCUUGGUAAAACAUUUCAGGUUAUAGCUUUUUUGUACACUGCAAUGAGAUGUGUUGAUCUGGGGUUAAGAACUGCACUUAUAGUCACACCUGUCAACGUACUACAUAAUUGGCGGCAAGAGUUCAUUAAGUGGAGACCUUCUGAGUUAAAGCCACUCAGAGUCUUUAUGCUGGAAGACGUACCAAGGGAUAGAAGAGCGGAAUUGCUUAAAAAAUGGAGAGUUAAAGGUGGUGUCUUUUUGAUUGGUUAUACUGCGUUCCGAAAUUUGUCUUUUGGGAAGCAUGUGAAAGAUCGGAACAUGGCCAGAGAAAUGUGCCAUGCUUUGCAGGAUGGUCCUGACAUUCUUGUUUGUGAUGAAGCCCAUAUGAUAAAAAAUACUAAGGCUGAUGUAACACAGGCCUUGAAGCAAGUAAAGUGCCAGAGAAGAAUUGCGCUUACUGGGUCACCCCUUCAAAACAAUGUCAUGGAGUAUUACUGUAUGGUUGAUUUUGUAAGAGAAGGUUUUCUUGGAAGCAGCCAUGAAUUUCGGAACCGCUUCCAAAAUCCUAUAGAGAAUGGACAACACACCAAUUCAACUCUGACAGAUGUGAAAAUUAUGAACCAGAGGUCUCAUAUCCUCUAUGAAGAGUUAAAAGGCUUUGUUCAAAGAAUGGACAUGAAUGUGGUGAAGAAGGAUCUACCACCCAAAACUGUGUUUGUGAUAACUGUCAAGCUAUCUCCCUUGCAGAGAAAAUUGUAUAAGAGAUUCCUUGAUGUGCACGGGUUCACUACCCAGGAGCAUCCUGAAUUGUUAAGGAAGAGAUGUUUUUUUGCUGGGUACCAGGCAUUAGCACGGAUAUGGAACCACCCUGGGAUCUUGCAGUUGACAAAAGAAGCCAAGGAAUAUGCAAAAGAAGAGGAUGCUGUUGAGAAUUUUCUUGUGGAUGAUAGUUCAAGUGACGAAAAUUCUGAUUAUAAUGUUCUUGCUGGAGAGAAGAUGGGGUUUGCAAAUGACUUAUUGCAAAGGAAAGAUGGUAAUGGCUUUUUCCUCAAGGGUUGGUGGAAUGACCUUCUUCAUGGAAAAAUAUAUAAAGAGAUCGAUCACAGUGGCAAAAUGGUUUUGCUGAUGGAGAUACUAACUAUGAGUUCUGAUGUGGGUGAUAAGGUAUUAGUUUUUAGUCAGAGCAUACCAACCCUAGACCUCAUUGAACUUUAUCUCUCAAGGAUACGUCGACGUGGAAAACGAGGAAAGUUUUGGAAGAAGGGGAAAGAUUGGUAUAGGUUGGAUGGGAGGACAGUGAGUUCUGAGAGGCAGAAGCUUGUUGAGAGAUUUAAUGAGCCUUUGAAUAAGAGGGUAAAGUGCACUCUGAUUUCAACUAGAGCUGGCUCCUUGGGUAUAAAUCUUCAAGCAGCUAAUCGUGUUGUUAUAGUUGAUGGUUCUUGGAAUCCAACAUAUGAUCUCCAGGCUAUCUAUCGAUCAUGGAGGUAUGGGCAGACAAAGCCUGUAUUUGCUUAUCGAUUGCUAGCUCAUGGAACUAUGGAAGAGAAGAUAUACAAGCGCCAGGUCACAAAGGAGGGGCUUGCUGCUAGGGUGGUUGAUAGGCAGCAGGUGCAUAGGACCAUUUCUAAAGAAGAAAUGCUGCAUCUCUUUGAAUUUGGUGAUGAUGACAACCCUGAGACUUUAGGCGAUCUAGGUCAAGAAAACGAGCACCAAGAAAACCCAAUUUCGGUUGGGCAUUCUCUGAAACACACAGCACCACAUUCAAAUGGAAGUAGUUAUUCUGAUAAGUUGAUGGAAAGCUUACUUAGCAAGCAUCAUCCGUGGUGGAUUGCCAAUUAUCAUGAACAUGAAUCCCUGUUGCAAGAAAAUGAAGAGGAAAAACUAUCAAAAGAGGAGCAAGAUAUGGCUUGGGAGGUUUACCGAAAAUCCCUGGAAUGGGAAGAAGUCCAGAGAGUACCACUAGGUGAGUCUAUUGUGCCUAUUCAGAAACCAGAAAUUCCAAAUGACGUGCCCCUCGUAUCAGAAACCUGUAACAUCUUGCCAAGUAAACUAAGCCGACGUUUCGCAUCACGGAAAUGCACAAACCUUGCGCACAUGUUGACACUUCGAAGCCAGGGAACAAAAUUCGGUUGCAGUACUAUCUGUGGGGAAUGUGCCCAGGAGAUUAGGUGGGAAGACUUGAAGAAGAGAUAGGAAUGUGGCAAUAUGAAGGAUGACAUAAUAUAAUCUGUUCAUAUAUAUAUAUAAAUCUUUUUUUUAUCGUAAAUGGUUAUGUCCCCAUAUUUAAAUCAUUUGUGGAUGAAACAUGUUCCUCCCAAAAAAUGAAAUAGAAAUGUUUAUUUUGUUGCCGUGAGCAUUUAAUGGCUUUUCUAUGUGGAAAA